AUGCGCGAACGAAAGGAUGACAAACAAUCUUCCACAAGUCUUCCAGUAUAUGAAUCUGACCCGCCUUUUUGGCUCCCCAAGAUGCACAGUGCCGCAGACAUUGGCUACGCGGGAUUUCACCCCCCUCGUCCAGGCCAAGAUGAGGACGUUCUCUCGGAGACAAAUGUAAAAAAUGGGUUCAUCCUUACCCAGCCCGUGUCGGUCGAGACCUUUAGCGCUCAAACAAUGAUAAACGAGAACCUUAAAUCCGAAGAUUCCCUCGCUAAAUUAGAAGAACUCAUGAAUGAAGUCUUUAUUAAGAGAGCAGACCAUAUUCCUUCCGUUCCGCCAUCGUCAUUUCGCAUGCCAACAAGAGUUACUUUGAACGAUGCAAAGCGUCAGGCAUGGUUUGCAGACUUGGCCAACCCGGAUGUACCAUUGUACAAAUUGGGCAAAAGUGUUCCUCAUGGCGCGAAAGGUCAUGACCUGUUAGACCUACUGCAUGCAAACAAUGUUGCAAUCUCUAGGGCUGUUUGGCUCCUUCGCGUUUUUGGCGCGAAUGAAACGGCGGGGCUUCGGAAUAAGCCCUCCUACAACCCAACGCUAUAUAGCGUCGAGUGGGCCAAUGUUGUGACUAGCUACAUUAAAAAGCAACUAUUAGAAAUCGCGUUGCCAAGCGCGCCGCGUCCUGGGUUGAACAUCAAGCAAACAUUCAAAGGAGUUUUAUCUGAUCUGGAUAGUCGAGAAAAAUGGAUAUCCCGGUUUAUGUAUUGUCUCAAGCUCCUUCGAACUUUCUAUGCUGAAGGUUUGGUUGACCAUCAAACUUUUCUUGUAUGGAUAGUUCAGCAGAUGGGAUGCUGCAAUCUGGCGCAAGCUGGCUUUCUCACUCGGCUUACGGAGGAAUACCUUGACGAUAUUCUGGGUAGUCGAGCGUUGGCUCGCCCGUUAGUCGAGGCGUGUUUAGGUAAAAUGUCGGAAAUUGGCACCGCUUCUGCGCAGGAGUUCCUUUCCGGCACGGAAGAAUCCUUGAAACAUCUCCUUCAGCGGUCAUGUCUCAUUUUGCCAGAUGCCUUCAUUGGUCCUCGGAUGUGGCUCGCAUACCCCUCCAUUAUAGAGAGAGUCAUGACAGUGGAUAGUUCGAAUCACUUGAAUGACUGGUUUCUCAGUCAAAAUAUUCAAGAUAUACGGCAAUCGAUCUUCGCAAACUUUUUAGACGUAAGAAAGCGGAACGAGGCAUUAUUGUUUUGCAAUCCACCUCCACAUAUGUCGAUUCGACUUCAAGCGGCCGUUUCCGACGUGAAGUUGUUAAAUUCCAUUUCAAGUGACACCGAAAUGAGCAGCGUGACGUUCUUUGGCAAUGAUUUCAAUGACUCGCCGUUUUUUCAAGAAAAACUAGACAUGCUUCUUAGCUGGUGUGUCACCCCCCUGCAGUAUGGUAAUCAUCGGCCCUUUGCCGCAGUCACUCUUAUCAAGAAUUGGCGUGACAAAGCGUGCGAGCGGGCUACGCGCAGAGAUUUUAUCACUCCCAAUGAGUUGUUGCAGGAUCAGCUUUUUGAUUGGCUUGACAAGUCCGAUGUUGCAGGCGAGCCAAACAACAUCCGAGAUGUUGCUUUGCUCUAUGGGAAACUAGUGAAGCACGAGCUAUUUUCAUAUGCAAGUUAUAUUCAGCGACUAAUUGCUCGUGGAGAGCCUGGUCUAUCCUUUGCCGAGGACAUUGAAUCCCGCCAUCGACGAUUUUUAAGUUGGAUACCUCUUUUUCAAUCGACGUCAUCCUUAAUCAACCAACGCAAAGUCACGCUGCACGGUGUUAGAGCCAGGAACAUACCUGAGGAUAUGACGGAACGUGAAAUCCGCAAGGAAAUCCGAUCUGUGCUGCCAGAAGUAUUCGGAGGUGUCAUCCGAUCUACAUUGGAAACAACAGCAGAUCUUCUCGCCAACUGUAAUGCUCUGAUGACAGGUACUCGUUUUGAGCAAGUUCGUACUUUUAGACAGUGGCUGCUACCAGCGCUCCAAAAACACAUCGCGAGCAAUAACGAUCGUCCUUCGGCACUCAGAGCAUAUCUCGUCACCGUGGAGCUGAUGACUUCCACAAAAUGCUUCCAUUCUGUGCUCGACUUGACAUUUUGCAUGCUGGAACACUCCACAGAUUCCGAUUCGAUGACGGCGGUCUUAGACACAUUUCAUCGCCAUGCGGUUAUAUGGGCAUGUAUGGGCGCUAUGAACGCAAUCGUUAGCGCUCUAGAUACCGCCCAUCAAGUUUGGAAGCUUCGCGGAACCCAGUCUCGUCCUUUAUUAGCGUUGCUCAUCGAAUUUGACAAUGGUCGUUAUCUCGAUGAGUUAUCUCGCACUCGAAUCACCGCUGAAAUGUCCACUUUUACCAAUGCUCUUCAACCGGUCGUAGGGCGACCGAAUCAUGUUCCAGAUAUCCUUCCGGAAAUAUUACUUUUGGCAGGAGACCCAGAUGACAACGCACCUGCCAUCCUUGCCAAUGGCCUUUGGAUAAAAUAUCGAAUGUCCCUUGACUGGGCAUGGAAAACUUGGGACAACACUGUUGCGAGCCUUCGUCAAGUCCCAAGUAUGACAUCAGACGUCAACUCUCGCCGACUUCAUGCACUACGCUACGGCACAUUUUUGUGGCGAGUGGAUCAGCAUCUGCCGAACGGGCUUGACAUGGAUGUUCUGAGGUGGUUUAAUGGUCCUGGCAAAGGCGUGCUCGUUGCACUCAGCCCAGAUUCAUGGGAUAUGUUAAUGACUAUCCUUGUCUACCUCAUCGUGCAUGGUGCACUGGAAACUACCACUAUCUUGAGUGGACUAGUUUAUCCCGCUUGGGAGUUGGGGGCUUUCUCUAGUAUGGAACAAGCAGCUUUCCCAGAAACGUAUCUCCGUGCCGCGAAUGAUCUGUGUCACCGCCUACUUUUACAGGAAAACGACAGUGGAGACGCAAUACCACCGACCAAUCUUUUCGAGGUUCAAUGUCUCAGGACAAGACGUCAAGUUGUCUAUUACGAACCUCAUUUCCCUUGCCUGGUGACCAGCAUUCCCGUUUUAAUUUCUCUCGAAAAUAAUCCAAAUAUCUCCGGAGACCUUCGGCGCGAUUCGACGUCUUUGCGACAACGCCUCUGUCAAGACGGAGGAUUCCGCCAGGGGGCAUACCGUAGUAUGGACGUCGUCCGCGAGGCUUUUGAGAAUUCGCCCUACUUCAAAGACAUGGGCUCCGAGAUUUUAGGUAAACAAAUGAUAGCUGGGUUGCGAAUGAUUUUGUGUGACUCGACUGAUGACACGAACCUCUAUGAUUGGCCUGAGGUCACGCGUUUGCUCAGCCCGUGGAAGGUCGCAGCCACGACCAUCCAGAUGCAAUUCCAGAUCAAGCAACUAGGCCGUUCCCUUGCUCAAGAUAUUACCCAUGAUAAUGCUAGUGCAAACCUUGACAAGUUAACGGUGAUGCUUUUCAACCACACUAACACUGCAGAGGAAGCAUAUUAUGUCGGAGAAAUGGCUCGUGGAGCAGGUAGUGCUGUCGUGGCCAAGUUUAUCAAAAACGGCCUGAAAUGCAUCGCAGAAAAUUUAUCGGCGACUUCAUGCGAUGAGGCGCCUGGAAUCGAGUGUCCUGGUUCAGUGGCUGAACUUCUUCGCGUUCUUACCCAUGUAAGCUCGCCUUUCCGAGACGGAUUGUCAUCUCUUCCCUCGCUGGACCCUUCCACGCAAACUCUCUUCUUUGAAGUUAUCCAUGCAAAAUUAACGACACUUCAGCCCCAAUGUAUCUCAAAGGAAAAACUUUAUUUGCAAAGAGAUAAUAUAAUCCUUCUCGCUCGAUUGCUACAGUUUAUUCUUAAUUUUCGGGGUAGUUGGUCUUCCAGGGCGAAAGAACUAGGAAGUGAUCUGACCACCAUGGUUUUCCAUGUUGCUUUGCAUCAUGCCACUGGGGAUAACCUUGAUGCAGUUGUAUAUUCGAUCUUGAUUGAUACUCUUCUAUUUCUUUACGAUGGUGCGCAUUUACUCAGCUUGUUCCACUUGCAAAAUUUGAAAAACGAUUUUGUUCUUCCAGAGAUACCCUCUGAUGGGAAGGUGGGCGCCUUUGACCCCUACCGACUAUAUCCAGAUAUACCAGUGACCGACUUGCCGUCGGAUCUUCCCCCCGUGUACCGAAAACAAUGCUUGUCCCUUCUAUGUCGUACCACGACAAUUUCUACAGUCCCAGAUCUGGUAAAUUCCCAUCGUGACACACAGGGAAAUUUAGUUCUCGGACCAUACGUCGUCAAUAGGCCUUGGGAGUGGAUAGAGAAUCUCGAACCAUCCGUUCUAGAUAGGAAGGAGGGCGAAAAGGAACGGGACGACAAAGAUAGCCAAAAGACGAAGUAUCCGGUAAAGAACUCUGGCUCCCUGUCACUGGAUGCUUUCGGAGCUCGACUGACAGGGGACAGCAUCGUGCCGAUUGUAGCCGAUGGGUGCAAUUUGAGGACGGAAGGCAAUAUACGUUCUUUUCAAGACGGCACAUCAUCUGAUAGCCUUUUCAUACGGGAUUGGCGAGAAACAAGGCUCGACCUUAAGUUGGAGAUACCUACAAGUCUUCGUUCGCGGCCGAAGAGUGACUUUCCUGUCGGAACAGGACCCAUCCAUACCGCAUCCUUACGACCCGACCCUCGGACAACCCCAAAGGCUUCCCCUGCAUCGUCUAUCGUCUCCCGUUCAUCUGCACAUGAUUUUUCAUCUUCCGCACGACAACAAAGUCCUGGCCAAGGUUCUCAUGGGCACUCUAAUACCGGUAUGGGCGAGGCCAGUGGCGACGUUGCCGGGGCCUCAGCAAUGACUUUACGCAAGGAGCCAACGUCUAAACGCAAAGCUACGGCGUUGGUCAGCGAUGAAGUCGAAAUCAUAGAGGGACCAGUCCCAGUACGCGCAGGGACGAAUUCAAAGAAAGCGAAGGUCACAAAGGCCCCAGUAGCGAAAGCGAAGGCUAAGAGGAAAUAA